CAGAAGAGCUGAGAAUGGACUUACCAUGAAAGACACAACGUUCUGGGUGAUGAUGAGCUGCAGAUGAACGCAGUGUUUGCCUCAGAGGAUGGAUGCCUCUGAGAAUAACAUUUGUGGCACAGGGGGAGGGCAUUCCAAUUAUCCCAGAAAGGCCACGGAGCAGCUGGGCCACAGCUGUAGGCCACAGAAGGAGGUGGGCAUGAAUUCCUCCUGCAGUCCUCCUGGAAACUCUGCUGGGCCCGCAGGGAAGAAGGAGCUUCCUGCAGACAAAGAAACCUGUGACACCUACUGCCAGAAACAAGGUGAGAGCCCGGCUGGGCAGUUUGCCCCCUCCAGCAGCAGCUUCCAGCUGCAGAGAGAAGAUGAAGAUUUAGAUCACCGUUCCUCUGAGCACCCGCGGGCGAUGGCGAAACUCCGCGAGGGCGACGGCAGCGCCGCUCUGGGAGAUGAGUUUGGCGAGGGCGCGGAGCCCGUCCCCGAGGAAGCUCUGCCCUGUCGAGGCAAGGAGUGUGGCUCCUCUGUCUCCUCUGUCCGUGGUGUGAGCCAGCUGCAGGAGCAAGGACGAGCUGGCCCGCCGGAGAGCUCCUACCGCUGCCCCGUCUGCAGCAAAGCCUUCUCCCGCGCCGCCAACCUGCGCAUGCACAAGCUCAUCCAUUCCGGCCAGAGGCCGCACAAGUGCCCCGAGUGUGACAAGGGCUUCAUCCGCACGGCCGACGUCUGGAGGCACCUGCGCAACGUGCACAAGAUCGAGCGCUCCAUGGUCAUCCUGGCCAGCGGCACGGCCAGGAACCCCUGGGCUGUGGUGCACCACAGCCAGCAGCACAGCGCCGAGUGCCCGGAUCAGGCUUGUCCUGCCAACCCAAAGUCUCAGGAGGACGACCUCAAACCUUAUGGCUGCCCGACGUGCGGUAAAGGCUUCGAUAAGCCCAACCUGCUGUCCAAGCACAAGGUGAUCCACCGGGAGGACAAGCCCUACAAGUGUCAGGAGUGUGGCAUGGCGUUCGUGCAGCUGCUCAGGCUCAAGAGGCACCAGCAGACUCACUCUGGGGCACGGCCCUUCUACUGCGAGGAGUGCGGAGGGACCUUCACGCGGCUGGCAUCGCUGCAGCGCCAUCACCGCAUCCACACCGGAGAGAAGCCCUACUCCUGUAGCUUCUGUGGGCAUUCCUUCACCGAGUCGGGGACCCUGCGGAGGCACGAGCGCACGCACAAGUUGGACAAACCUUAAUCUGGGGGCUCUGUGGUUGCUUUGUACCUGAAUGAGGUCUGCUCAGUCGGGCUGGCAAAGCACCCCGCGGUGUGUGCUCUGCCCAGCAGUGGCUGAUGUAGCAAUGCUGCAUCACAGGGACCUCUGGAACUUGUGCUGAGAAGGAUUGCACUGCCUGGCUUUAAACUGCUUUGUAUGAGAAAAUAACCUAAUUACCCGUGAGUAAUGAAAUGGGAGACUUGAGGAGACUGAAACCACUGGCUGUGCUUUUGCUGCCUCUGUUUGCUGGACUGGCAAUGCAGCCACUCGAGCUUUGUGCAGGAUCUGCAAGCACAGGCUGUGAGAAUUCACUGCAUAAACUGGCCCUGCCCUGAUGAGUCUGAUGGCUCUUUGACAUGGGUUUGGAGAUCUGUUAACUUGCUAAGUGACAACAGUCCAGAGCUGUCCCUCUAUCCCUUCUUUCCUGGUAUUUUGCUGAGUUUUUCUUUCUGUUGCAUUCCUUUUUAUUUGUAAGGGGAAGUGUUAUGUUGGUUAUCAAAAAAAACCAACUUCCCUUUCCAAGGCGUUUCUUUAUUAA